AACUCAACACUAAACCACAGAGGAAACACGUCAAUCUCCACUCAGCCCAGACUCGCAGUGAGGUACACGACAGCGAUAGCUCUGCGUCCCAGAUCCUCAGACACAAUGUCACGUCAAAUCCUCCACUAUUUGGUACUUGUCUUAAUUCUGUCCCCGAAAACCGGGAACUCCGCCAGCAAACUUGGGAUCGAGGUGAGGGUGGGGGCAGAGGUGCUGAUCCUCUGCCGGUUCGAAGGGAACGAUUCAACGGUUCAGAUCGACUGGACCAGAACCAUCAACGGGAGCCAAGCGAUCGCCAUCUUCCACCCAAAGUACGGAGUCAAUUACCCCAAUGUCUCGGGGCUGCAAAUCCAGUUCAGGCAACUUUCCUCCUCGGAAACGGGUAUCGUCAUCAACCCGAGUCAGGAGAACCAGGGCAUCUACUGCUGUAAAUACACCACCUACCCCUCGGGCAGCCUGGAACAGUGUGCCAACGUGACAUUGGGACAAGCAGGACCAGAGGCUGUAAGAGCCGUGUGGGGGGUUUACUCGUGGCUCGGGCUGGUGGUGGCCGGUCUCUCUCUCCUCAUCCUCAUUCUCAUCCGGCGGAGCAGAAUACACUCAAUGAGGAGAACGGCCGAGAGAGUUGAUGAGCCCGACAAACAGUGCGAAGGUCUCCCUGAAAUCCCGGCCGCGACUGAGCCCAAAACGUCGGUCUCCUCUCUGUAUGAUAUGAUAAACGUGGAUUACUUCAGUUUCCAGUCCAAAUCCGGACAUCACAGCAAAACCCCCGACCGGGAACACGACGUCAAACCCUCCGAGAGACCGGAGGGGCAUCAGUGAGAGGCACUCAGCAAUGCGGGGCACUCCCAGAGAGACAUCGCCACAGACUCCUGCCGCUCCC